AGCUAAGCUACUCGGUCGGCAGAGAGCCGGGGAGACGGACCGGGAAGAUACAGAGCGGCUACAAAAAGUUUUCAGCGUAUCUUCUUCACCUAGUUUUCCACAUCGGGAACCAGAGGGGGAGGAAGAGGCACAGAGACUGACUUUUUUUUUUUUUUUCGUUUCCACAAGCAACUUUUGUGGAAUUCAUCCUGUUCAGUGAACUUCCCUCCGCCGGCUGUCGAGCUCAGCGACGCGAACGCAGAAAGAAAUGAAAACACCUGGAGACAAUGGGAUCGCCUUCCCGGACUGGGCCUACAAGCCUGAGUCGAGCCCGGGGUCCAGGCAGAUCCAGCUGUGGCACUUCAUCCUGGAGCUGCUCAGGAAAGAAGAGUAUCAUGAUGUCAUCGCGUGGCAGGGGGACUAUGGCGAGUUUGUUAUCAAAGACCCAGAUGAAGUGGCCCGGCUGUGGGGUGCCAGGAAGUGUAAACCCCAAAUGAACUACGAUAAGCUGAGCAGGGCACUGAGAUACUACUACAACAAGAGGAUCCUCCAUAAGACCAAAGGCAAGAGGUUCACCUAUAAGUUCAACUUCAAUAAACUGGUGUUGGUCAACUACCCCUUUAUCGACAUGGGCUCCACCGGAAGCAACGUUCCUCAGAGCGCCCCUCCUGUCCCCACCGGGGCGGGAAGUCACUUCCGCUUUCCUCCCUCGACACCCUCCGAAGUCCUCUCCCCGAACGAGGAUCUGCGCAGCCCCGGCGGCAUGUUCAGCUCUGUGGCCCGACGAAUGGCCCGCGGCUCUGUCAGCGACUGCAGCGAUGGCACCUCGGUCAAUUCUGAGAUCGAGGAGGGCAACGCCGGGGCGGGAGAGGAUAGAGGAGAGAGGGGUGUGAGUGGUGGUGGUGGUGGAGGAGGAGGAGGAGGAGGUUACCGAAGUAUCAUCCAUCCCCGUCUGUCUCAUGAAGCCCUGUUCCGCAUGUAUGGAGGACCAGGGAACCCUGUCGGGCACCCAGGCUCCCGCCACACAGGGCACCGGAUCCACCCAGAUUCCCUGUCGCCCUUCCCCGUGUCCCCUCUGCCUGGGCCGGGAGGAGCUGGCCUCCUAGCCCCUCCUCUGUCCCCGGCACUCUCCAUGACCCCGACAUCUCACCUCCCCUACACCCCCUCACCCACCCUGUCACCCAUGCUAGGCUCCCACUUCUCCUUCAACCCAGAGGACAUGAAGCGCUACCUGCAGGCCCACACCCAGUCGGUAUACAACUACGGCCUCAGCCCCAGAGCUUUCCUCCAUUACCCCAGCAUCGUCAUCCCUCAGCCCCACCGGCCAGCCGCAGACAAGGCCGGUCUGACCGGAGAGAGAGGAGCGGCCGAGAGGGCCGAGAGGGCAGAAAGGGCAGAAAGGGCCGCGACGGCAGGGGGAGGAGAACGGCAUCAUCAUCCGUCUCUGGCUCACUCUGCCCACCACCACCAGCACCCACCUCAUUCUGCCCACCCUCACACCCACUCUCAUCCCAUGCAUCACCCACUCCACCUGGGCGAGGAGCCGCCACACAUGUCUCCCUUCAAGUUCAAGCUGCAGCCACCACCACUCGGUAGGAAGCACAGGGACAGUCAAAGCCAUAGUAAACCCAGGCAGAGCUCACUGUCCUCAGGGUCCGGAUCCAUGACGUCUACGUCUGGCCUGGGCUCCUCGCUGUCGUUCGGCAGUGACCUGAGCUCUGCCAGCGGCUCAGGCCUCAUCUCUGCCUCUUCCUCAAUGCAGUCCCUAAACAGUGCAGGACUUCCCAAGAUAAAGGUGGAGCCCAUAUCUGAUAUUGAGUCAGAGGAGGAGGUUGAGGUGACCGACAUUAGUGAUGAAGACCCAGACGAGAGAGACGAGGAGUUUGAACUCUUCUCCCCUCGCCACUCUAGAGCCCCUGACCAUCACCGCCACCUCCUGCACCACCACCACCACCAUCUUGCUAACGGCACAGCCACGCCACAACAUCAGCCCCAUCCCGAUGAGGACCUGGACGAGGAUGUCUUCAAGGCCCCCGCUCCGCCUCCACCUGGCCUGAUGCCCUUCUUCACCUCGCAGCACUCGAAUGCACAUCGCGUACUGCCCACCCUCAAGAGUGAACCCACCGAACCAGGGGACCACAACACCCCCCCGCCUCAGACGAGCUCGGUGGAGCCUCCCCAGACAAAGUGCAUCCCCCUCAAGCUGCGCUUCAAGAGGCGCUGGAGCGAAGACCAGCGCAUGGAGGCCUCACAGGAGGAGUCGGACGACAAGAAAGUACGACCAGAGGAGGAGAGGGAAAGAGAGAGGCAAAGUAAUGGCCGGAUGGAAACGGAGGAGGACGGGACAGGCAGCAGAGAAGGGGACAGUCCUCCCCCGUUGGCAUACGAGGGCUCUUUAGCCACACCGUUGGCCUCACAGAGGAGGGUGAGCGCUGAGCUGCAUCGUGCCACUGCACAGCUGUCUCUGGAGAACAAAGACUGCUGAUGAGAGACACAGCCCAAACACUACUGCUCCGGGAGCGCUGGAGGGGGCACAGGAGUAUGUAAAUGGUUCCUCUGUUAUCCCUCUCCCAAACUAGAUUCCUGAACCCACCAGUGAACUGAGAGCACAGUCCAACAUACACGCAUAGAAAGUCAACACCUUAAAGACAGCCUGACUCUUGUUCUGUCAGACCCCACUCCAAUGGUCUGGAUCAGGGCUGGGGACGCAUCCUUUGGGAAAUGGGACUCACUCACACUCAGACAUCCCAGGCACAGUGACUGUAACAGUGCUGAAAUCCGAGGGAGGCUUCCUCAUCAAACUUUUCUUCAAGUUCCCCUCACACCUGGCCAGUGAAGCUCCAGAUGCCCCGCCCCAGUAGCACAGCUCCUGCCUUCAGGCCCCAUCCAUCAGAUCAGAAGUCAGUCAGCACUUUCCUCAGGGGACACACACUCUUAAAGCCCAGCAACACACCGUGGAUGAGGAUGUGCACCUUCUCACCUACGCUACUUUUCCUACAAGAGGCCGGGACUUUGAUAAGUGCCUGUAUCUAAGAACAAACCUGUCCCUGGAGUGACAUGGCAGAGAGAACAGAAGGGAGAGGACUGCUGCAAGAAAUCCAUUUUUAACUCAUAUACUGCAGAUACUGAAAAAUCCCGGUGGGGAAGGAAAGCGUGUCUCUGAGACUGAAUAGUGGGGCUGUUGGGUGUUGUCUGACCGACUCUUAAACCUGGCCCACUCACCUCAGGGAAGCCUAUUGCUGUAUGUAUAUUGGAUUCAGGCACACAAACACACACACACACACACACACACAAGCACAACAAAACAAACAAAUCAGCCAACAUUGACGGGGACUAAAAGUGGAAGCAUUGCUUAUGGACACUUAACGAUGUUCACCACGACGCGAGAACCAACUCGUUCAUACUAACACAUCCACAGACUUCUCUCACAACUUUUGACUUUUGUAUGUCCUUCAUUCUGUCUCUCUCCUGUCCUGCUUCGUUCUCUUGCGGACCACCUGUGAAAGAUCAUGACUCCACUCACAGAAAUAAUCUCAACCCCAGGGAGAUGUGAGGAGAGGAAAGGAGAAGAAUGAACAAGUACUUCAGCGUAGAGAAAGGACUGCUGAGGGGACCACGAGGGGAAGGCGGCAGGGGGAGGAAGGGUUUGAGGGGUUCCAGUAACCGUUAGCUAGCCUUCUCACCUCCCCUCACAUGGCUUGUACACUGAAAUAGUUUCUCUUAAGUCCCAGCAGCACAGAAUCCUAGUUCACCAGCUAAAGCUCCUCUAACAAUCAUCAAUAGUGUUGAACUAAACCAGCAAAACACACACACACACACACACACACACACACACACACACACAGCACUGCCUUUAGCUCUUAAACAUGCUUCCUGUCUCUCUGUCUGGACCUCCAGCUCUGUAGUGGCGUCAUCCUCGGGUCCUGAGAGUGUGUGAGACUGCCAGGCCUGUUAACUGCAAGAGAGUGGGGGACAUCUUAGACCUCAAACACACACACACACACACACACACACACACACACUGCCUCUCUAUGCCUUGUUUUUAUAGCAUGUACAAAAUUGCAAACUGAGCUCAGAUAACACACAUACAGACUAUAUCUUUAUAUAUUCUAAAUGAAAUGAUUAAGAAAGUGAGAUUUUAAAACGAGAGCGAGAGCAUUUUAAUGAUAUGAUUGCUUCAGGAUUGUUUGUAAGUGGAUAAUUUGUUGUGUCUUGCCACACACUAUGGUGUGGA